GGGCGAAAAACAAAGGGGAAUAAGGAAGGAAGUUGCAACGUGUUGAAUCCAUUUGCUUCUGCAAGGCUCCCCAGGAGAUGAGUGCCGCAGGUGGUGCAUUUGGUGGCAAUCGGGGGCUUCGUCCAGUGCCUCCCGAAAAGGGAAUAUUCCCAUUGGACCACUUGCAUUUAUGUGACCUGGAGAAGAUAGAAUAUCUCAAUUGUCUAAAAACUGCAUCACACCAGUCUGAAAAGUGCAGAGACUUCUCAAAAAAGUACUUGCAGUGUCGCAUGGAAAAGAACUUGAUGGCAAAACAAGACUUGGCUGAACUUGGUUUUAGAGAAAGUAAUGUAGAAACUUCUGGGGGGAAAGUUGCGGAGAGGAUUGAUAAUCGAGACCAAUAAACCCAAAAAAUUAUAUAUGUAUAUUGCUUUUGAGGUUAAGUUUUGGUAAUGCCAGAUUUUCUUUUCUCAUUCUAUUCAUUUGACAAGUAGACGCCUUACCAUGCACUGUGAGUUUGCGAUGGUGUCAUUUGGAUAGCACGGCACUGAACAGAAGAUGAUGGACAGACUGACAGAGUUUGUCUCAUUCCCUCUACAAGACGUGGUAAUUAUAUGGAAGCAGAUAACUAAUGCAAAGAGGCAUUUUAUUGUUCACGGGUUUUGUUGCUAAUAAUGAUGUAGUGAGCGAAAAGUAUCUAUUAUCUUAGCAAUGAUCAGAGAAUAGAUGGUUCAGCCAGUCUUAGAAUUGGUUUGAAACAAGUUCUAUGUUUUUUAUUCAAUGAAAAGCGAUUUUUUGAGC